AUGGAGACCUUGGUCGACAAAGAUGCCGUGGAAGGAAACCUGCGGCUCAUGGCGAACUGCUUUGGGGUCGUCCAUGGAGGUGUGGGGGUGUUGCUGGUCUACGCCACUUCCCUCUUCUCAGAGCGUUGCGGGUCCAUGGGCAACGGCUUCUUCUUUGCCAUGACGCUCCCUGGUUCACUGCUGUUGGCGGUGCCGCUGCUGUCGCUGCUAGGGCGCAAGGGCUGCCUUUUGUACUCCUUCUGCAGCUAUGUGGUUUACGCCAUCCUGUUCUGCGUGGCCCGUGCCAUGCAACAUGGCGACCAGGAGCACGAGCGCUGCGACCAAGCGGGCCCCGUGCUGCUCUGCAUCGGGUCCAGCCUGGCAGGCUUGGCUGCCGGCGUGAUGUGGACGGGCCAGGGCUCCUACUUCGCGUACGCUGCAAAGCUGCUCAGCACUGGCUCUGAUGAUGAGGCGCACAGGCAGCAGGCCACCUCCUGGCUCGCAGGGGUCUUCGCGGUGCGCUACUUGGGCUGGGAGCUCUCCUUGAAGCUCUUCGUGUCGCUGGUGCAGUACUUCGGCCAGGUGAAUCUUUCGAUCAUUGCCCUGAUUGCGAUGGCCACGCUCGCAACAGUAGUCUUCGCAGCCUGCGACAACUUGCCCAAGGAGGUGCAGAAAGAUCCUCCCGGCCAGAUGCUGGGCAAGCUGCGGUCUGCCUUGGCCUUGUGGCCAGAUGCCACGAUUUGGCUUCUGAGUCCCACCAACCUCGCCUUUGGCUUCGGAAGUGCUUACAUGAAUGGGUACUUCAACUCAGAGAUCGCCGCCAAAAUCGUUGGCGUAGAUACCAUCGGCGCCUUAGCCUCGGUGACAGUGGUCACCGCCGCCAUGGCGUCUAUGGGCUAUAGCUUCCUGGCGAAGCGAGGCAAGGCGCUGCCGCUGGCACUCGGCUCGUUGGCCGGGACCCACAGGCACUCCAACUUUCGCUGGAUGAAGGGAAGCAGUAUGAAGAGUCAGCCGUGUGGGCAGACUCGAAUUCUGCUGCUCGCUUUUGGCUGGAAACCUGGCAGAGAUGAGCAUGUGGGUAUGGCUCGCCAAAGCGCGACACAUGUCAAAGACGAACCAAAUCGAACCCAGCAAGUCUUGCUUUUCCAAGCCUUCGCCGCAGAGUCCUGUGCGGAAGGUGCUCAUGAAAGCUGGGACUCGAAGUACGGGAAACGUGUCCGAGCAUCCGCGGAGACCGUGGCGGUUCCUUUAGUGGUUCCCUCUGCGGUUUAA